AUGCUGUCGACCUUUCAAGGUACGACUUCCGGCCUCAUGCACACACCGCACACACCCUCGUUUGGGGAAAACUACGAUCAUUUCAGCGCGUACGGCGAGUCAACUGCACCGGAUGCAACAUCCCAUUCGAACAUGGAGUACAAUUCUUUCUUGAACCCGAAUCCCGCAUACUAUCCAACUGGACGGCCGCUUCCGCAGCCGCAUCAUCCUUACGACCAGCAGCAGCAGCAGCAGCAGCAGCAGAGCCCACAUGGCCUCCCAACGACGUCGAUACCGUCCAUGAGCCAGAUGCACGCCGGCCAACAGCAUCAGUCGUCGAUGCCGCAGCACGCCCUCCCCAUCAUUGGGCAUACGCAUGCGCAGCCGCCGCAGUUCCGCGCAUCUCGUGGUGGCACGAGUCUCCAGGGAUAUAGAGAUCCUACCACGCUGCACCCCGUGUACCAGAGCCAGACGCCGUCUACAUCAGCGAAGCGUGUCCGCCAAACGCCUACAGCAAGCACCCACUCGACCUUGUCUCUCGACGGCAGCGUUUCAGACGUCCAAAGCACUCCUAGAAGUAUCGGCAGCGACAUGCGAGCGUACAUGGUUAGCGGAAGCGGCAAUGCAGGCACCUUCGGCACGACUCGGUCAGGGUCUGAUGCGAAUGUUAGCACCAGUUCGGCCACCGCUUCAAGAGUCAAUGUGUCUCCGGAGCUGUUCGCCAGCGUCACUACUGAUCAGCCCUCUUUGGUGCUCAGCGAGAGGGCCAGCGAAGAAGAUCGCUAUCUGUUCGAGCUGCACGAACAGUUUAAGGGCACGCGUGGCAAGGGCAUGUGGGACGCCAUCACGAGCCAGUACGCCGAGAGGUAUCCCGGCUCACAGGCGACUGCCUGUUUGCAGAUGAAGUUCACCCGGUGCUUCCGCCGGUUUAUUCUUUGGCCAAAAGACGAGUUGGAAUGCCUGUUGGAGGCGUGGCGUGAAGACGAAGCGCAGCGCUUUGCCCGGAUCACAACGCUGAUGAAGGAGAGGGGAGGUGGCAAAAAGCACGACUGGAAGCCUGCAGACAUUGAGAUGAUUCUGGUCCGCCUGGAACUCGAGGAAGCAGACAUGGACGAAUUCACGAAAAUCCGCCGUCGUCGUCGCCGCACGAGGCAGCGCAAGUCGUCUGCACCCAGCAUUGCCAGUCAGCCGCACCAUGCCGAAGUGGCCCCGGUCAUGACAGCAUCGACGUGGUCUGGUGGCUUCAGUCCAGCUGGCCUGACUCACCCGCAGUACAGCUUGCCGCCACCCCAGCAGGACAACGUCAACUACUCGCACUACGACGAGGACGACCACAGCGAGGUGAACUCCCAACUGGACCGGAAGUACUAUAGUGAUUCUUCUGCGUCGCCCGGUCAAGACGACAUCCGCAUGCUGGAUGGAACCGUUGCUGGCAAUGCUGGGGCUGCGGUCGUCAGCACUGGUACGGCUUCUGAGAAUCUGAUCCAGCUCCCACCUCCCACGUCGAUAUCUUCUGCCAGCAUGCAGAACGCCCCGCCCUAUGGACCUCUCACCUUGUCGCCGCAUACUGAAAGAGUUUCCCAGAGCUCGUAUGAGCAGCUCAACAAUCGGCGCAUGUCAUCAGACCCAUACCGGCCGUGA